AUGGCUUUAGUAGAAAGAGGUGUGGUUUUGUUUUUCUUGGUGAUGGCAGCUUUGCAGGUUUCAUAUGCAGCUAUUUACAAGGUUGGGGACUCUGCUGGUUGGACUACCCUUGGCAACAUAGACUACAAAAAGUGGGCUGCUACCAAGAGCUUCCAAAUUGGUGAUACUAUCAUAUUUCAGUACAAUGCUCAAUUCCAUAAUGUGAUGCGAGGGACGCAUGUCAUGUACAAGGCAUGCAACGCAUCAUCGCCUAUUGCAACCUUCACCACCGGCAAUGACUCCAUUAAGAUAACCAAUCAUGGUCACCACUUCUUCUUCUGUGGUGUUCCUGGCCACUGCCAAGCUGGACAAAAGGUUGAUAUUAACGUCCUCAAGGUUUCAGCAGAUGCACCUACUCCUUCAGCUUUGGCCUCUCCGACAGUUCCAGCUGCUAGUGUUCCUGCACCUUCUCCUAGCAAUGCUGCUAAAUUGAUUACUCUUAAGGGACUGAUGGGUUUGGCCAUGCCAGUCCUUGCACUGGCUUUUUCUAGUUAUGUUUAG